AUGGAGUCGUGGCCGUGGGGCGAGCUGAUAUGCAAACUUUCCGAGUUUGCAAAAGACAUAUCUAUCGGAGUUUCAGUGUUCACACUCACCGCUUUGUCGGCAGAUCGCUUUUUCGCCAUUGUUGACCCACUCAAGAAGUUCCAUACGAGUAUUGCCACAGUUGGUGAAGCCUGCGAAACCCAAGCAAAAGCCUUAAAAAAAGUAGAUGUAGGAUCUGUAAUUAUUACAAAAUUGGAUGGUCAAGCAAAACAAGGUAUUGUUAGUGCUUUUGCAGCUACAAACAGUCCAGUUAUAUUCAUCGGUACAGGCGAGCACAUGGACGAUUUAGACCCGUUUAAAACAAAACAUUUUAUUCGUAAAUUAUUGGGGAUGGGUGACAUAAAAGGUUUAAUUAACAAAGUAAAUAAAUUAAAGUUAGAAGAUAACGAAGAACUAUUAGAAAAAAUUAAACAUGGUCCAUUUACGCUUAGAAAUAUGUAUGAACAGUUUUAA